AUGUCGUACAUCGUAAGCCCUGAUGUAGUGAAAUAUGCGUGCACUUGUGGCCUCCUCAAGCCCAUUUCGUGCCUUUACUUCUGCCGGUAUUGUUGCGAGCUUCGGUGCGGCUUUUGCGUGUGCCACGAGGUCGAUUCCCACUUUUGUGGAAAAUGCUGCGAGAAUCUGCCCUCGUCCGAAGCCCGGCUCAAGAAGAACAGGUGUGGCAACUGCUACAUCUGCCCCUGUUGCCAGCAGGAGCUCUCCACUAGGAUUGGCUCGAAGGGGCCCUCCAAUCCGGAGGACCCCAAGUCCACUCCCAAGAAAAUGUACUACUUGUCCUGUCUGUACUGUCGCUGGAGCUCCCGUGAUGUGGGCAUUCCGGACCAGGGGGCUGCCACCGGCGGCUGGCCCGAGCGCGAGAAUGUGCACGCGAAUCGCCUCCAGGAGGUGAUUGAGGGCUAUAAGGCCUUCAUUACGGCACAGAGGCAGCAAAAGGAACGGGAGAAGAAGAAGCAAAGGGGGAAGUUUAUUAGCUACACGGACCGUACUGGGGUGACGGCCGCCGCCCUGCGCAAGCGCAUCGGGCUGCCGGCCGAAGUUCCAAACACGUACUACCGGAACCGGCCGAAGCCGCCCGAAGUGGCCAUCGCGCGUGAGGAAGUUGAGGACUUCCCCGAAGAUCUCCUCACCAAAGCCUUAAACUUGAUGGAAAUCACAACAAUCGAUCAACGCCUACUCCAACCCGACUUGCAGCCAACGACCGUCGAUAAAUUAUUCCCAAUUCAUAAGCAGCUGUCGAUCAAGCGAUCGCUGAGGUGUCGCUCGUGCGAACACAACGUCAGCAAACCCGAAUAUAACCCCAACAGUGUCAAGUUUAAAAUCCAGUUAUUUGCAUAUUAUCACAUUCCGGAGGUGCGAAUUGUCACAGUUGAACCUCUACGUGCCGGAAAAACGGCCGAAUUGAUUUUGAAAUUUACAAAUCCGACGCAACACCAAACUGUGAUUACGUUCCUCCCAUUGGAUCUGACAGAUAAGGGAGGGGAUGGCGAUCGGGAAGUGGUGGGGGAAACGCAAUCUUUGAACCUACCAGAGAAACAGCCCCCUUCAUUGGGGGGCCAACCUUCCAGUCUUUUAAGUUUAUCUUCCCGUCAGCCGUCAAUCACGAUCAAGCCACGCCCCAUUCGCCAAGCGACCAAUUGCAGCAUCGCUAUACCGGGCAGUAAGGUUAUACUGCCGCCGCGAGAUGACGCUGCUGAGUAUGACGAUUCCGGGGAAACACAUAAUAUUCAAGAUGAUACCAAGCUUGUAGUUUGGAGAAAAUCGAACAAGGCCUUCGUCAAGUUGGCUGUGACUCCUGAUGAUGGUCUUGAAUUGAAUACCGAAAUCGUGGCCGGUUUUACAAUGCAACAUAUUUACACAAAUACGAUUGCGACAACUGUGGAGAACAAGGAACCCGAUAGACACGACCACAAUGUUAGGGUUUUUCUGAGUUUGGGGAAUUUGGUCGGGUCUGAAUGAAUCUUGUACUGGUCCCACUAUUAUAAGUUAUAAAAUAAUGUUUUGUAUUAUUCACUCAAUUAAUGAAUUGUAUUAUUGCUUCAGUAACAAACAAUAAAGUUAUGCUUUUUCA